AUUUUUUAAUUGGAUAUUUGCAGCGAGCAAACAGGAAACGGAAGCGGCUGCCAUUUGCAACACACCAGAGAGAACAAGCCGGCGCAGAAAAAAACCAACUAACUAACACACACACACAGCAAAGAACUCGUUCGUGUAUUUAUGAGAGGCAGACUUGGACUCGGAACACCCAGAUAGCGACGGCGACCACGCAACACAUUCAGAUCCCAUGUGGCUGUCACCGCACUGACCGACGACCGCCGUCGACGAAUAGUUUGCUAAGCACUCAAUCGAGGACCUGGGUUGGUGGGACUGGUCGUUAGGAGUAGGAGUUUCGAGCAGGAUUGGAAAAUGUUCUCACGUCUGCCCGGUCCAAGCGGGGCGGACAUUUAUCAGGAUGCAACGACGACGCUACGCUCAGUAUUUCCAAAUUCGCGACUGGACUCGCUAGCAGCGCAUCCAACGCCCACCCAUGCCAGCAACAGUCAGCUGCCUGCGCCCUAUAUCGAUGACGAUGUGGCCUCCGCCUCGGCCGCCGCUGCCGCCGUCGACGGUGCUGCCGAGUUGGGCAGCAGUGGCGCCGCUGGAGCCUACAAUCCGCUGGAGGACAACGAGGACUGGUGGGCCAAUGCCAUCGAGGUGGACACAUUCGACUCGCCGCUGGCCUUCGAUGCGAGCGAGAAUGGUCUAUGGAACGGGCACUUUGUGCCUCCGCCGCCACGUCCGCCCUUUCUGGAUGAAAGCGUCGCCGCGGAUGGGCUCACCACCUGUGAUCUAUGCACAUGGGCAUGGCAGCGUAAUGCCUACUCUCUGGAUGGUUCGAUAGAUACCGCUGGCGAACUGGGCUGGACAUUCACCCUAAUCAUAGUUUCAAUCAUAUCAGCUCUUAUAGGUGCUAUUGUAAUGGUUAUAGUUCUAAGAUGUAGAAGAAUUAAAUCAGCGAAUGCCAAUGGUGGUCGCCCGCAGCCGUGGUGGUGUCGCAACAAUCGCAAUGGCGGCCAGAAUCGUUCGCCAAUAUCGAUCAAGCACUCAGCGGACAGCAUUCGCCGACCGACCAGUAAUUCCGGUGUGUGGACCUGGCUGGGCGGCAGUCGACGCUCAUCGGCCGGACCUGAUCAGAUCGGUCCGCCAUCCACAUCGCCGGCCGAGAAUCAUUAUACCCAUAUGGACGAUGCAUAUAGUCCGGUGGGUGUCAGCGAGGCCCUCUAUGCGGAAUUGGAUCGCGAAUCGGUGCGCUCCGCCAAUCCCUCAUAUCAGAACACCGCCUACAGUCAGUGUGGCGAGAAAUACAAUUUCCAGGCCCACGAACAAGACAUUCCGAUGGUCGUUUCUUCGGCGCCCAGCAGUGCUUACUAUUCGGAUCUGUCGGUCACAGCGAUGCCGGGCGGUGCCAGUGGCAGUAAUCAGGGGGCCUACGAGAUUGUGGGUCUGAAUGUGAUGUCCCAGCCUCUGCCCAAUUGGGAGCAUCACGGUGGGGGCGGAGUUGGCAUUGGAGGCGUGCCCGGCGCUGCUGUGGCCGCCGGGCUGGGACCUGGAGAUGCAAUGACACAGCGACGUAUGCCCAGACUGGCGGCCAUCAACGAGACGAGCACGACAACAGUGCCCUCGGACUAUGUGUGAGACGCAAAGGGAGAAUGCUCGACAAUUUUGUAAUUUAUUUAAGAUAUAUAGAUGGAGGGAAACAGAGGGAUGUAUGACUUCUAAAGUGAACAGAAAUGCAUUGUGAAAUGUUCAGCGAGCUUAAAAUGUUAAUACAAUAUACACAUAAAUACACACAUAUAUAUAUA